GUUCGGGGCUCAACGACGGCCAGUGGCACAACGUCUAUCUCCAUGCUCUGGAGAACUACGCCAUGCUGACCAUCGAUGGUGACGAGGCGUCCACCGUCAGAACGGUCAUUCCCAUUCAGAUUAGAACAGGGGGCCAAUACUACUUUGGAGGUAUUUACACAGGUUGUCUAUAACAGAGACAUAUAGCUCUAUACCGGACCGGUAUAUGGCUCUGGGCCUGGUUUCCCAAAAGCAUAUUAAGGCUUAGUUCAUCAUUAGAACCUUCGUUUGAGCAUCUUUACAUUCUCGAGCCGUUUCCCAAAACCGUCUUUAUUAACAUUGCACUUGAACAGCUGAGUGCAUCGUUAAAUCACCGUUUGUCCUUCUGUGUCAAUUUACACAUAGAAAAUCUCUGCUAAACAUAGAUGUUUACCUGUCUCUCUGUGACUGCCGAAAACUUCAUAAUUGAAUAUAAAUAGCCAAAAACGUUGACAUAUAGGAGCAGAUCAGCAUUGUACAUGAGGAUCUGCAAUGCGUUUCGACUUCUAGUCGGCAGCUUUCAGGCAGUGUGAGGAAGAUUCUAGAAGUCCAAACGCUGUUAUUUAUCCUCAUGUGCAAUGCUGAUCUGCUCCUAUAUGUAAACUGAUUCUAUGUUUAGCGGAGAUCUUCUGUGUAUAAAGUGACGCCGCACUUAGCUGGUCUGAGGCAGUCGUUAAAUAACAAGCGUUUUCAAGUGCAACUUUAGUUAAGAUGGUUUUACGGAAAAGCUCUGAGAUUUAACGAUGCUCCUACAGAGUUUCUUAUGAUGAACAUAGCCUUAAGAUGCUUUUGGGAAACCGGGCCCUGGUCUAUAAUGUGUAAGCCCUCGUAAUGGGCUUGUUACUUACUUAUUCAUGAUGACAUUUCCAUAAUUCAGUCUGACAAACAGUCUUGUGAUUUGUUGUGUGUACAGUACAUGUGUUUUUUUGUGUUUGAUGGCAUGCUUUGUCAGACAAUCGUCUUUGUUACUUUUGAUUGGUUGCCUUUUUGUUUUCUUUGUGUUUUGUUAGCCUUUGAAGUAGUUGCCUUUAAGACGGUGUCUUAAAUAUUGAAUGAACCUCUUCCCUAAUGAUUCAAACCAAAACACAACACUCAUAGAAAUAAUGUUGCUUAAUACUUGAAAUGUGUCUCUAGAGUUUACUUUUCAAACAGAAAGCGCUGUCUUGAUUAACUUUGGGACUAUCUCCCUAUUGUCCUCAUGCAGGCUACUUCCUGCGUACCAACACUCCCCCUGCCCAGCGCUCCUUCCAGGGCUGUAUGCAGCUGAUCCACGUGGACGACCAGCUAGCUGACCUGGUGGCGGUAGAGCAAGGCAACAUGGGAACCUUUGAGAAUGUCAGCCUGGAUAUGUGUGCCAUCAUAGACAGGUAAUCUUUUAUACCAUUCCCCAAAGAUCUUAUUGAGCUUGAUAUUCUAAGCAGCCUUUUUUCUUUGCUGUUGAUCAUGAAAGUGAACCUAUAAACACCUACUGUGACGUUACCUGAGGGGCUGCUUGCUCAUGGGCAUGCAUUACACAGUCUUUUCAUAAAGACGGUAGGUGGCCAAUCAAGAUCAAGAAAGCGUCUCACACAGGGACACAGCGAGAGGCAGGGAUCAGAGGAUCACACAAGGCUUUGCUAGUGGAUGUCUUAGUGUGCAAUCUCUGUGCUCCUGCUGGUAAAUGCAUGUGUACACAAGCACACAGCCAAACAGGCACACAUCCCCAAUGCAAAACUCAUCAAAACAAUGAAGUGGAAAAGCUCUGUUGCUUCACCCGAGAUAUGGAAAUGCAAUUUUAGCAGAAGGUUACUCAAAUCGCAGGAGAAUAUGGACAUGCGCUUACAUUCUUAUCAAGAUAAACACAUAACAUUUAUUCUCACAGGAUGUGGGUUCACUCCAACACAUGGUUCUGGUUCAUAAAUGGAAUCUUAUCUCUGCUUCUUAUUCUCCACUAGUGAUUAGGAGUAAAACUGUAGAUCCUGUUAAUCCAACAUUUUGUGCCGGAAUUGUUAACGACACCCUUUGAAAUGUCAGAGGAGACAUUUUCAAGACCGCAAAAAAAAGUUCAAGACGGUCAUGCGGAUUUGUUUUCAGCUUAACAUCCUAAGUCAAAUCAAACUAUAUUAUUGUUCUAGGGACAUUUGUGUAAUAUGUACGUAUGAUAAAUCAAUUUAUGGCUGAAUACUCAUGAUGUGUGGUUCAUUUGACUGAUCUAUUAUGGCAAAGGUUAUCCGAUACACCAGAUUUUCUCUCCCAUUAAAUAGGAACGUUCCGACAUCUCUGCCCUGUGCAAAUUUUAAGGAUUGUGGUGAUGAUAUCCUCAUUCUAAACCAUGCUAGCAGGGGGAGUUCAACUAACUUCAAAGGGAACUCCAUAUUACCACAGCCCUUUGAUCACACCAGCAGGUUUAAGGCUGGGCACCUGGGGAGAUAAGCCCUGACCCGACACACAGGUUGAGGACUAAGAGAGUACAGUAAUACAUCCUAACGUUCUCCAUGAAGUGGUAUCAAACAUACAUGAAACAAAGGUCACGAACCUCCUCACAGAACGUGGGUUGGCUGAUUACUGUCACGACACGGCGACACCACAGUGACAUCCUCUGUUGUCUCACAAAGGUCAACGUAUUUCAAUUAGAGGUCUUCUUCUUGUUGAAUAUGAUUUGAAGAAGUACCAAAUUAAUGUAUCCAUCCGUUUCCAAUUAGUUAGUUUUUUAGGGUAAAUUAUAUUUGCAAUAUGCACUCUAUGAAAGUUAUUCCUAUGUUGUCCUAUCUAUCCUCUUCUGUGCCAUCUGUAGUUUCACAAAGGUCAAAGUAGUGAAAUUAGAGGUCACUUCUGCUUCUUCUUCAUAUGAAAAUGAUCUCCCCCCCACACACAGAUGUGUCCCUAACCACUGUGAACAUAGAGGCCGCUGCUCUCAGACCUGGGAUAGUUUCAGCUGCUUCUGUAACGGGACAGGAUACACCGGGGCUACAUGCCAUACCUGUAAGUAUCCUCCCCUUCCUCCUCCACAUCUUCAUCUAUGGUCUGUCAUUAUUCAUACCCUCAAGGACCCAUCUGAAACGUCAGUCACAUUUUUGCACAUCAUUCACUUCACUUACACAUGGGGAAACCCCUGGAUUUAUAAUGAUGAAUAAGUCAUUCUACUGCAGUGUCAGCUUCAUAAUACAUGUGGUUUCCUCUCUCGCGUGUUUAUUCCUCCUCUCCAGCCGUGUAUGAACAGUCCUGUGAGGAAUACAAACACCUUGGUAAAACAUCUGGCUCGUACUGGAUCGACCCUGAUGGGAGUGGUCCUGUUGGCCCCUUCAAAGUCAACUGCAACAUGACUGGUAAGAGUACCGUACCUCCAAAUAAGACCCAAGAGACAAUCAACUUACUCAAUACUGCAUCUGAUGAUUUUGUCCCAUCCCAGCGGGCAAAUCUUGUUAAAAUGACAUCAUUAUAACCAGAUUACAACCAAAUCUGGUAUCUGGUUGGAAUGAUGUCAAUGCAACCAGUUUUGACUGCUGACAUGGCUGACCCACAUGUCAUUCGUCCCCUGUAAAUAUUGUACACGGCUGACUGGUUUGUUGAUGGUGUUGUUGACUGUGUGUGUUGCAGAGGACAAGGUGUGGACGACAGUGAGAAACAACCUGUCUCCCCAGACUUCAGUGAGUGGCUCAGACCUGGAGGGGAAGGCUGUGCUGCAGCUCAAUUACAACAUGUCCACAGAGCAGGUGACCUUAUGACCUUAUGAAAUCAUCACCCAUUGAACCAUUCAUGAUGGAACCAUCUCAAUGGGAAAGAAACCUGGAUUUUAUCGGUGGGUUUAAUGGAACCGGAUUAAGCCUAGUUUCAUUUUUUAAAACAUGCUCAAUGGAGAAACUAUAUUUUGAGUCUAGAGAAACCUGCCCUAUAUGUAUUUUCUAUGUAUUUUGAUGUUACAGCCGAAGGCACUAGCUAGCUACAUUGUUUAUUAAAGAUGUUCUCUCACUGUAUUUUCACUCAGCUCCACUAAUAUGACUAAAUGUUAUGCAUUCUGCAUUGCUUAAACCCUAUUUUCUCUCCCUAUGACAGGUGACAGCCAUCACGGGCAGUGCGGAGUACUGUGAACAGCAUGUUGCCUACGCCUGCCGAAUGUCUCGACUGCUCAAUACGCCAGGUAAAGAGGACAUUGGUGUUUGUAUAUUAAUUGUUGUGUAGUCAUAUGUACAUCUGAGAAUAUUAGGACUAUCUGUUUCUUUUGGGCAAAACUGUAGUAUCCUUUCCAACAAAGACACAUCAAUUUAGGCAUUUGGAGAGAGAAAAUGGCAAGAAUAUGCUGUCUUCUCUUUCCCCUUCCCAGUGUUUGUUGUUGAUGUGCGUAAUCUGCCUCUACCAUCAGUCCUAUUAGCCAACGUACAAUCAUUGGAUAACAAAAGACUAACUAAGAUCACGGAUAUCCUACCAACAGGACAUUAAAAACUGUAAUAUCUUAUGUUUCACCGAGUCGUGGCUGAACGAUGACAUGGAUAACAUACAGCUCCGGUAAGACAAAGGGUGGCGGUCUGUAUAUAUUUGUAAACAACAGCUGGUGCACGAAAUCUAAUAUUAAGGAAGUCUCGAGGUUUUGCUCGCCUGAGGUAGAGUAUCUCAUGAUAAGCUGUAGACCACACUAUUUACCAAGAGAGUUUUCAUCUAUAUUUUCGUAGCUGUCUAUUUACCACCACAAACCGAUGCUGGCACUAAGACUGCACUCAAUGAGCUGUAUGGGGCGACUGGGAGCUUAGUGGUUAAGAGCGUUGUGCCAGUAACCGAAAGGUCGCUGGUUCUAAUCCCCGAGCUGACUAGGUGAAAAAUCUGUCGAUGUGCCCUUGAGCAAGGCACUUAACCCUAAUUGCUCCUGUAAGUCGCUCUGGAUAAGAGCGUCUGCUAAAUGACUAAAAUGUAAAUGUAAAAAUGUAUAAGGCCAUAAGCAAACAGGAAAAUGCUCAUCUAGAGGCCGGGGACCAUUUUUCUACCAGCAUGUUAAAUGUGCAACCAGAGGGAAAAAACUAUAGACCACCUUUACUCAACACACAGACUUCUAUGCUCGCUUCGAGGCAAGCAACACUGAAGCAUGCAUGAGAGCAUCAGCUGUUCCGGAUGACUGUGUGAUCACACUCUCCAUAGCCGAUGUGAGUAAGACCUUUAAACAGGUCAACAUUCACAAGGCCACAGGGCCAGACAGAUUACCAGGAUGUGUACUUCGAGCAUGCGCUGACCAACUGGCAAGUGUCUUCACUGACAUUUUCAACCUGUCCCUGACUGAGUCUGUAAUACCAACAUGUUUCAAGCAGACCACCAUAGUCCCUGUGCCCAAAAACACUAAGGUAUACUGCCUAAAUGACUACCGACCCGUAGCACUCACGUCUGUAGCCAUGAAGUGCUUUGAAAGGCUGGUCAUGGCUCACAUCAACACCAUUAUCGCAGAAACCCUAGACCCACUCCAAUUUGAUGAUUGUGGACUACAGGAAAAAGAAGAGGACCGAGCAUGCCCCAAUUCUCAUCGACGGGGCUGUAGUGGAGCAGGUUGAGAGCUUCAAGUUCCUUGGUGUCCAUAUCACCAACAAACUAUCAUGGUCCAAACACACCAAGACAGUCGUGGCACCACAAAGCCUAUUCCCCCUCAGGAGACUGACAUGGGUCCUCAGAUCCUCAAAAGGUUAUACAGCUGUACCAUUGAGAGCAUCCUGACUGGUUGCAUCACCGUCUGGUAUGGCAACUGCUCGGCAUCAGACCGCAAGGCACUAUAGAGGGUAGUGCGUACGGCCCAGUACAUCACUGGGGCCAAGCUUCCUGCCAUCCAGGACCUCUAUACCAGGUGGUGUCACAGGAAGGCCCUAAAAAUUGUCAAAGACUCCAGCCACCCUAGUCAUAGACUGUUCUCUCUGCUACCGCACGGCAAGCAGUACCGGAGCCCAAGUCUAGGUCCAAAAGGCUUCUUAACAGCUUCUACCCCCAAGCCAUAAGCUACAGCUAAUCAAAUGGCUACCCGGACUAUUUGUAUUGUCGUACCCCCCCCCUCCCCUAUUUAGGUGUUGCUAGAUUGUAUAGCCGAUUGUUAUUAGCAUUAUGGCUACACAUGAAGAAUAGUCUUAUCUAUUUGAUUUGGAGGCAAGUUGGCGUACAUUAGACAGCGACACAGCAGUUGUCAUCCCUUGUCAUUACUCAUAGAAUUGAGCCGAGCUUUUAUUGUAGUGGCUUUCUUCCCAUCUCAUGGAGAGGAGUCUGAGGAAUACUUUCUGUGACAAAUGGAACUGGUUUAUUCCCUCCAGCCAACCAUAGGGAAUAUUAAAACUGAAAUUCCAUGACAGCCACAGAACCCAAAGGCUUGUCAGUUUCUUCCAACAAUGUAGUGUUUUAUUUUUUACCUUGUUGGAUUUCUAUCUCAUCUGGCAUUAUCAAGCAACAUCCGUUCUCCCUGAGGGUCCAUAGAGUUCUGAGCCUGAGGUUUUGUCAGCAGUAGGGUAGCCCCAGCUCCCAGCCUGUAGAGUAGACACUGAUUUGUGCAUCACUCUGUGUAUAUGAGCAGCAUAACAAGCUUUCAUCGUGUCCUUUGGAUGUGUUAUGAUCUGAGGCCUGACUGACUGGGACGUUGACAGAUAAAACCCACACACCAUUAGUGCUCCGUACACCUCGCCGCUCGACAGCCAUUUAGCAUUGUUGGCAGGAUCAGUGAGCUGAAAGAGAUGAGGAGUCAGAAAUUCCUGGUCAGAGCUGCUGGUCGGCGGUAGUACCUCUCCCUCAUAUGGUAGUCUUAUUGUGUUGGCCCCAGUGGUGCCCAUUCAUCCAGUAUUGAGGAAUAGAAGCUUACUCUACCUCCCAGUAUCACCCCUGCUGGUAUGCCUCUCCCCUCACACAGAGGGGAGACACUUGGCCUCCAGGCCCUCAUCUUAGCCUGUCUGCCUCUCAUCACCAUAAAGAACCUGAAUUAUUGAUUACACUAUAGCCAGGGAAUACCCAGAACCCCACAAUCGUCCAUACUGCUCCCCUCAAUCUCUCUUCCUCUCGCUCUAUCCAUCCUCCUCUUUCGAUCUACCCCAGUAUCUCUGUCUCUCUCUCUCCAUCUCCCCCCCUUCUCUCUCCCCCCCCCUCUCUCUCCCCUGCAUGUGGACCAGUGUGGAACAUGGGUACCUUGCAGGGGAACAGCCAGUGUAACAGCCUUUGUUCUCUCCCUGGAGCCUCACCGCCUCACUCUGUGUCCCCCUGGCUUUUACUGAAACAUUUUUAGGCGAUAUCUGAGGCGUGUGAUGAACAGACCACCCCUGUUGCUAGAAACAGCAGUCCCAUUGUCCUUCCACUAUUAUUUCCCCAUUGAUGUAAACACUGCAUAAACGUUUCACUGUCAGUGGCUUGAUAACAGACCCCUUCAAUAAUGUACUAGCAACCAAUUAUUAUUUUUCAUAAUAUUAUUAUUUGUCAUUCACUGAAGGGCAAAUUCAACCAGGUGCUGCUGAUAAGUAACAAUGCCAAAAUUGAAAAUAGCUAAUUAAAUUUUAUUUUCUUGUCUUUCCCAAAUUACCGUUGUGUAAACAUUGUUUUUUCCCACUGCUUAUUGUUAAGCAUGCCCAUUGUUUGACUACUUGAAAAUUCAAAAGCAUAAUUCACAUUGUAAACAGCAAAACACAAGAGUGCAUUUUAAAGUUGUUCAGAGAUGCUACAGUAGUCAGUAUGAUGUUGAACAAGAACAAAUGCCCUGGGGAGUGUUUGUCUUGAUAAAUGAUCUUGUUUGUCCAUCUAUACAAACAGACAGUUCCACUUGAUUCCUCACACCAGUUAUUUUCCCGUUCCCUAGAGCGAGUCAUUUUUGAUUACCUGGAGUGCUGAAUAACACUAUCUGUCUGUGCUGCUAUUGGUGCGGGGGUGGAACAGGGUGAAUAGCUGAUUAAUAGACCACAUAGCUUGUCUCAAUCAAUAAAAAAGUAAAGUGUCAAAUGGCGUGAAGGAAAAUGGAUCAGCUGGUUACACUUGUUUAAGGAUCUAAACAUAGGAUUGUACAUAACAUAAGCAGUUUAUGGCAUCUGACGUAUUCAUCAAUAUGCAUCAAUAGACUCUUAAUCUCAAUUUCAAGGCUAUUUGCAAUGAGAGUUUGACAUCAGCAAAGGUAGCAUGUUAUUGUCUGUGUACCAGUAGAGAAGCGUAAACGGAAAACAACUGCUUAGACUAUCUAUGGUAAUUUGUUUACUGUAGAUAUACACAAAUAAUAUCAUCAUGCUUAUGUAUUGAGUAUUUUGUUGUUUUGGUAUGAUUCAUGCUGUUGUUAUUUUGCAGAGAGAUCUCCAUUCACAUGGUGGGUUGGCAGGGCCAAUGAGAAGCAUUUUUACUGGGGUGGUUCAGGCCCAGGGAUCAAGAAGUGUGCCUGUGGAAUCGAGAGGAACUGCACCGACCCAAAGUACUACUGCAACUGUGACGCUGACCAAACGCGGUGGUGAGUGAUUGAACUCUAAACAAAACCAUAGAUUAAAUGUUACAGUAUUAAAAUCUAAGCUAGAUCGAGUUAUCCUGAAAUGUCAUCAUGAAAUUAAUCAAGACGUAAUACGUUGUAGCACAAAGAACAUUUUACAAUCGUACUGUUUUUUAUUUUUAUUUUAUUUCACCUUUAAUUAACCAGGUAAGCCAGUUGAGAACAAGUUCUCAUUUACAACUGCGACCUGGCCAAGAUAAAGCAAAGCAGUGCAAUAAAAACAACAACACAGAGUUACAUAUGGGGUAAAAAACAUAAAGUCAAAAAUACAAACAGAAAAUCUAUAUACAGUGUGUGCGAAUGUAGUAAGUGGUCCUCUGUAGCUCAGCUGGUAGAGCACGGCGCUUUUAACGCCAGGGUAGUGGGUUCGAUCCCCGGGACCACCCAUACACAAAAAAAAAAAAAAAAUUAUUUACGCAUGACUGUAAGUCGCUUUGGAUAAAAGCGUCUGCUAAAUGGCAUAUUAUUAUUAUUAUAUUAUAGUAAGUUAUGGAGGUAAGGCAAUAAAUAGGCCAUAGUGCAAAAUAGUUACAAUUUCAUAUUAACACUGGAAUGAUAGAUGUGCAAAAGAUGAUGUGCAAAUAGAGAUACUGGGGUGCAAAUGAGCAAAAUAAAUAACAAUAUGGGGAUGAGGUAGUUGGGUGGGCUAAUUUCAGAUGGGCUGUGUACAAGUGCAGUGAUCGGUAAGGUGCUCUGACAACUGAAGCUUAAAGUUAGUGAGGGAGAUAAGAGUCUCCAGCUUCAGAGAUUUUUGCAGUUGUGCCUUUUGUAGUGAAAAUAUUCCUCUGUAUCUCACACAUUUUAUUUAUUUUUAAUUUAGGAGAGAGGACGCUGGUCUCCUGGUGUAUAAAGACCAUUUGCCUGUGAGUCAGGUGGUGGUUGGUGACACUAAUCGUGCUGGUUCUGAGGCUAAAUUGACUGUGGGUCCACUGCGUUGUCAAGGAGAUGGUGAGUUUGUUAUCAUUUCCAAACCUAUGGUAGUAUUUUUGGGCCAUUAUUCUCUGCUUUGUAUGAUUAGAAUGCACAAUCGGUGAUGUAGAUAGGCAACACACUGAGUGAUUCAUGUUUCCUGUGUUUCCCAGGUAACUACUGGAACGCAGCAUCCUUCAACACGCCUGCAUCCUACCUGCACUUCCCUACCUUCCAAGGAGAGACCAGUGCUGACAUCUCUUUCUAUUUCAAGACUUCCUCCUCUUAUGGCGUUUUUCUGGAGAACCUUGGCAACGCUGACUUCAUCCGCCUGGAACUAAAAGGUGAGUAUACCACUACUCAGUAACCGGUCGAUAUACACUACCUGUAGACUUAUAUUAUGGAUGUGUGUGUGUGCAGUUCAAUAUCAAAGCUCUGGGUCCACAUCUGUAAAACAUUAUCCCAUUACAAUAUAUAAUGUAUAGAUGCAGUAUAAAUUCAGUGGUUUUGGACAGUGUUGGUAAGGCUUAUUCACAGUAGAUAUCGACUUCGACUUUCCACUAAGACUUUCCACUAUGUGAAAAGGAUCUUGUCUGUCUUGUGGCCACAAAACAAGAAUCUCUUGUUCCUACUAAAAACAAACCACCAGCCACUAAGCAAUUGUCACCUGCCAUGUUCCCUGAGAGCUACUGUAAAACACCAUUCAGUUCUUACUACAGCUCCUCAGUCAGCUCUUGGGGACUGUAACAAGAUGGGAUAUUGAAUUUUGGGGGACCUGUGUGUGGACUGUAGAGUCUCAGUCUGAGAACAUUGUGAAGGCGAAACCUCCCAAGGUACCUCUAGGGCUCUCCAUAAAGGCUGCCGUCCAUCUCAUCGACCGCAGUCCAUACUUCUGGCAGCUUAUAUUCAACUUCAGCGCUUUAGAAAUCUCCACUCAGAAAUGGCUGGAAAUCAGUAUUAACUUAAAGUUCACCAGCACAGUGGGAACCCUGUUUGGAAAUGGUAUUGUUAGAUGAAAUUGGUUUCCAGUGACAUUUAAGCAUGAUUUGUGAGCUGGUGGGAGAGCAGUUUCCUUCCGCUGGGAAAGAUCAAUGGUCAGAAAUAUCUUUGAGCUGCUUCCGUCGCCUCAGAACCCGUUGUUAUUGUUUCUGACCCUUUUUCUCUGGCAAGUUUGAAGCUUUACUGACGCCAUCUUUUGGUGCAAUGCGUGGACAGUAUUUGAGCAGUAUUAUUACAGUGAUUCAGUUGCUCUAAAGAAGCAGUGUCUCUUCUUUGGAGACACAGACAGACAAUAUUCUGUAAAAAACACAUUUCAUAUUUAAUAGUUUCCCCCCAUUUUAAUAUUUACAAGGUACAGUAUUAGUCUGCCAAUGGAAAUAGAUUUACUAAGCCCCUCGUCAGCGUUUGUAUUUUAAACACUUUUAAACACUCUAGAGUACUAGUACGCAUUAGAAUUUCUUUUUAGAGCUUGGCACUGACAGUUGUUUUAAUGAGACUUGGCCCCACUCCAAAAUUCCUCUCUGAGCUUCAGGAGGUUCUCUGCCAGUCCUGCAGGCCAAGCAUCUGCUCUGAACAGGUGGCUCUAUGAUUGACAAGGCUCCCCAUGUCAUCUCCACAGCUUCAGUACAUGCUCUGAAUGGAGAACAAAUGCAGUCAGACAGCUCCCUUUAAUAUAGAUCUAUUGAGUCGGUUGGGAAAUAAAAUAAAAUAAUGAUUCUCCCAAUGUGGUCCAGGAUGAGACCCUUGGUAAGUGGAAAAGCGCUCAAUCACAAUCGCUGUGAAAUCUCAUAACUUGAUGGCAGCCUGGAGUCUGUGAUUUAUGUGGAUUAAGCAAUCGGAGAGGGUGUUGGGUGAUUAGACAAGUUGUCAGUAUGUGACGUACGUCUCUGUAGAAUUGGACCCAACAGGGGGUAUGAUGUCAACAGGGUUUCAAUAAAGUAAAUGAUGAUAGAGGGGAAAAUGAGCGAACUGUGUCGUUGUGAAAGGGAGAGCUAUCUCACUACUCCCUGAGGUAUCUGUCUGCUUUACGCAUUUAUAAGUGUUAGCUGAUAGGUACUUGUCAAAAACAUAUCUGGAAAGUGAUACAUUUUUCAGAGCUGUGAAUUAUACAUUCUUAUUUUUAAAUCAUCAUGAUUUCAACAACGAUAUUUCAAAGUGUAAAUUAUAUAACUGUUUCCUUCACAUUCAUGAGAAAAGUCAAGGUAAGCAGACUUUCAAUUUCGGUAAAAAUGCUUGUUAGCUUUUCAACCACUCCUAAACAGACCAAGGUCUUUCAAAUCUCCUGUAUAGCACCAGCCUAAUCCUUGUUUCAAAAACUACCUCCUUGACCCAUUUCCACCUCUUAAUUCUGUUGUUUCUCACCCAAAAAUAAUUACUUAGGCUCUUACUUACUUAUCCUCUUUGUGCCCACUUGCUCAUAAGGCAGAGACAAGACCUCUCCACUUCUGACGAUCCAAAGCCUGUUUGGCAGCACCCAGAACCUUGUUUUCUAACUCCUUUCCCUUUCUCCCCUCCUGCCCAGCUGCCACGGUGGUGUCCUUCUCCUUUGAUGUGGGCAACGGUCUGGUGGAGCUGAGUGUGAGGUCGUCCGCUCCUCUAAAUGAUGACCAGUGGCACAGGGUGGUGGCUGAGCGCAACGUGAAGGAGGCCGUGCUGCAGCUGGAUGGGCAGUACAAGGACGUUAGCCCUGCGCCCCCACAGGGUCACACCCGCCUGGAGCUAUACAGCCAGCUCUACGUGGGUAAGAUAUCCUGCUUACCUGCCUCCCACCACAUAGCGUAAUGAUGAUCCGGUUUAUAUGUUUAUGUGAGUUAGACUACUGCUGCUCAGCUCAUGGUGUUAUGACCCGACUUAUACAGGCAGCACUGUCGGAUACAGGCCCACGCAGUUUUCACAUUGCACACAACAACAAUGUCAAAAGGUAUAAGGAUGUCAAGUCAACAACUAACAAGUCAAAAAACUUGAGUUUAGGAUGAGUUUACCUGUUUGUUCAUUUUUUUACCAGAAGUGUACUUUGUAACAUAACAGUUGUUGUAAACCAAAAUAUCUAAUAUGAGUUCUUCUUGUCAUAAACGUUAUCAUUCAGGUGCAUCAGGUGGCCAAAGGGGGUUCCUAGGAUGUAUCCGUGCCCUGAAGAUGAACGGUGUGACCCUUGACCUGGAGGAGAGGGCGAAGGUCACCCCAGGGGUUAAGCCUGGCUGCUCUGGCCACUGCACCAGCUAUGGGCAGCACUGCAGAAACGGUGGCAAGUGCAUGGAGAAAUACAACGGUUACUCAUGCGACUGCACCUUGACUGCCUAUGACGGGCCCUUCUGCACUGAAGGUAAAAUACAGUCACAGUCGUGUGAGAGAAUAGUAACUCUAGUAAAGUUUUUUUUUCUUCUCAACUUCACACUGUGGUUCAACUAUAACUUUACACUGUGGUUCAACUAUAACUUUACACUGUGGUUCAACAAUAACUUUACACUGUGGUUCAACUAUAACUUUACACUGUGGUUCAACUAACUUUACACUGUGGUUCAACUAUAACUUUACACUGUGGUUCAACUAUAACUUUACACUGUGGUUCAACUAUAACUUUAAUAUGUGGUUCAAUUAUAACUUUACACUGUGGUUCAACUAUAACUUUAAUCUGUGGUUUAACUAUAACUUUACACUGUGGUUCAACUAUAACUUUACACUGUGGUUCAACUAUAACUUUACACUGUGGUUCAACUAUAACUUUAAUCUGUGGUUCAACUAUAACUUUACACUGUGGUUCAACUAUAACUUUACACUGUGGUUCAACUGUAACUUUACACUGUGAUUCAACUAUAACUUUACACUGUGGUUCAACUAUAACUUUACACUGUGCUUUAGGGAGGCUAAUAUCGAUUUGCUUGUCAAUCUCUCAAACUUAUGCUGAUGUUUUGUAUUGCUACCUUGUGUCUUCUGUGUGUAUCAGAUGUGGGCGGCUUCUUUGAGAGUGGAACACUAGUUCGUUACGACUUCCUUCCCGAGGGGGGCCUUCCAGCCAUCAGGGAUGUGAAGAGCCUGUCUCCCCUGCUGCCCACGGAGGGCAACCUGACCCAGGAGGAGCUGGUGUUCAGCUUCAGCACCUCCAACGCCCCAAGCAUCCUGGUCUACAUCAGCUCCAGGACCCAGGACUACCUGGCUGUGGUGCUCAGACACAAUGGUAAGAGAGAAACUGCUCAAAGGGUUUGAAAUGCUUGAAAGAACAAGAGAGCAACCCUGGCCUCCGUUUAUAGGGUUUGAAACGCUUGGAGGGUGAAGUUAAUGGCUAUGUCAGCAAAGAACCACAGAAUGUACUGUAAAUUAGCUCAAUAGCUAAUUAUAUAGUGCAAUGCAAAGGUUGGGCAUGGUCCCGGGCACACAUACAUCACUGAAAAAGCAGAAAGAGAGAGUGAUAGUCAAUUUAGUAUUUUGGCAAUGUAAAGCAUCAUGUAAAAUACAAUUGCCACUUAAAGUUUGAUACUCUUACCAUGUUACUAAGCCUAUCAGAAUAUGGACUGACAACCAUAUGAAUUACGAUGGUGAUGGAACAUUAGGACUGACAUCUCCCUCUGUCAGGAACACUUCAGAUCCGCUACAGCCUUGGAGGCCUGAGGGAGCCGUUCACCAUCAACCUGGACCACCGCAACAUGGCCAACGGGCAGCCCCACCACAUCAAUAUCUCCAGGCAGGAGAGGAACAUACGGCUGCAGGUAAUAAUAAUGAUAACAAAUGAUGUGGCUUUAUAUCUCUUUUAAGCACUUUUCCAGCUGCAGGUGCAGUAUGACCCUAGUGCUCCCUUAUCACAAAGGGUGAUCUAUCACACAGUGGGAUUUGCCGAAGUCAUGAAAUUCCCCCCCCAAAAAAGUAUUUCCUCUCAGACUACAUUAGGCUGCAGGUAAAAAUCAUAUAAAUGAUACAGCUUUAUUUAAAGAACAAUUUUCAUCAAGCAGUUGAAAGGUAGGACUUUAAUGUUCUACUUGAGUCCCGGGGAAGGCACUGCUCUCAGUGAGAUAUUUGCUGAUGUCACUUUCCCUGUCCUCCCAGACUACAUUAGGCUGUUUGAUAGCUACAUAGACUAUAGAUAUAGCACUUUUCCUAAAGCAGUUCAAAGGUAGGACUCUAGUGCUCUGCUAUCAGGAGGGGAGGACACCACUCUCAGUGAGAGGGAUUUGAUGUGUCCUCUCAGACUGCAUUAGGCUGUUGACAACACACCUGACCCCCCUUUUCUGUGGUGGUUUGUAGUGCAUUAUGCUUUUAGCACAGUUUUGAAUCUGUUUGUGUAUCUUGGCUAAUGAAUGAUACUGUACACUGGCAUUAACUACGAUUUUCAGAAAUAUACUCUCUAAAAUCCACCACUAGGGGGUAGUAAUUAACAAUACAAUACAGCUAUGCUGGGUUUAUAACUGACUGUAAUAUAUCAUGAUUCAUGACCAUAUGGUGUUAUUUUCCAGUUGGAUCAUUACCCCCCAGUCAGCUACACUCUGCCUGAUGGCUCUGACACUCAGUUCAACCUGGUCAAGACCAUAUUCCUGGGGAAAGUUUUUGGUAAGUGCCGAUAUAAUCCAUGUAUUACUGGAGUGCAAAUAUAAUAAAUGCCAUUUAAUGCUUGGAAUCAAUGUAUUUUAUUUAUGCGGAAGUAAGAGUUAUGUGUACAGAUCUCUUAGAAUUUGCCCCUAAGUGAUUUUAGGACUUUGGUUCUGUGUGUUCUGAUAAAACACAGAACCAUAAUUUUUGUUGCCCAUCCAUGGCUCAAAAUGGAUUAGUCCUGGUUUAGUCCAGGUGUAUUAAUAUAUGUAAUGAGUUAAUCAAUAUAGAUGGUAAAGGUGAUGUUGCCUUGACAGAAAAUCAUGUUUUGAUACAAAGACAUGUACAUGUAUUUUAGUGGCCAUAUUGAACAAUGUUACAAUAGGCCUUGUCUAGGCCUUUGUCUUUGUCUGACUGAUGUAGUACACCUCCCCACACCACUCAGAUAAAUGCAGGAUAAUAAAGUCUGGAUCAUAGGGCCAUCAGGAACCACACUGCUGCAGCCAUCAAUACGUCAGCAUACUGGAACCGGAGGAGGGAUAGAAUAGGAACUAGAAUAAUGUGAUGUGGCGUGGCGUGGUGUGGCGUGUGUGAUUUCCGCACAGGGAGGGAGCAGUACUGCGUCAGCAGGAGUCAGACACCAGUACACUGGUCCUGUUCUGAGAACAGUAGAAUGCCCCAUUCUGCCUGGCUGGUAAAGUCUUACGACUCCCCAGAGUGCUUUGCUGCUGCACUCUGUGAAUAAAUUAACAGACCCACAGAUCUCUGACAUCAUCCUCAGGGAGGGAGGGAGUACAGAGGCCCGGUCCUGAUCCCCAUCCUGUACUCCUGUACGCACAUCCAGGUUUUCUCUGAGCCUCGCUCUGUCUGUGAAUGUAUUAGCUCACUGAUCCAUGACAUCAUCUUUUCUCCAUGUUUUAUCUGGUCUGGCUGUGGGGAAGGUAGGGAAAGGAGUUGGACUGAAUCACUCGGGGUGUAUUCACAUUCAGAGCUCGCUGGCUAACCAAGGCUGCAGGCACGUAGACACAGGAAAACAGACAGAGAGAUUGAUAGACGUAUUGGCAGGAAGACAAAAAUACUACUAGCUGGCAGGAAGACAGCGAGGCAGAUACAGAGGUAAAUGGACCUGGUGACUGACUGACCUGACUGACCUGACUGACCUGACUGACUGACUGACUGACUGACUGACUGACUGACUGACUGACUGACUGACUGACUGACUGACUGACUGACUGACAGACAGACAGACAGACAGACAGACAGACAGACAGACAGACAGACAGACAGACAGACAGACAGACAGACAGACAGACAGACAGACAGACAGACAGACAGACAGACAGACAGACAGGUGUAUAGCGGGCAGUGGUAGCACUGUAUAAGGCAAGGACUUGUGCUCUGGAUAGAGGGUCUGCAAGGUAGGGGCAGAGUAAGCAGCACUACAUUUAGGGAGGACAACAAGGCAAACAGGUAAUACUCUUCUGUAUUUUACUAACUUGAGGUGGCAUAGUGUUUUAGAAAACAACAUAACUGUAACUACACUAAAUACAUAGGUAUUGGGGAGGACUUAUUGUAAACCUUGACCUUGUGAUUUGUGGUUGCAAGAUUUGUUUUAGAUUGUCAUUUCCUAUACAGGAUAUACUGUACUGUUGCUUUUAACAAACCUUGCUACUGUAGCUUCAUCAUUGGUUUAAGAUGGUGAAUUUUCUUUCUGUAAAAAUUGGGAUGUGUUCUCAAAAGUAAAGAUCAUGUAUGGCGCAAUGCAUGGCUAAUGUUCCAAACAGGGUGUGUUUUGUAUUUUUUAACUGGGUGGCAUAUGAAACAUCCUUCUUACAUGUAACCUUAAAAUUGUGAAAUUACUUUUCUUUAGCUGCCUUUGGAGAAUAUUAUAUUGCAGUAGAAUUGGAUACUUUGUUUUCCCUGGUCUAUUGGGAGUAUAUAUCUGCAGUAGGAGCUUGUACAGUAGUUGCCUGUCUGUAAUGUAGGAGGAGACUAGGGAUAGGGAAUACAGUAUCACCAACCAGUGAACAUAAAUCAAACUGGGGAGGCUUACAGUAUUGCAGUGUGCUGAGUAGUAGUGCAUCGUGGUGGUAGACCAGUAUUAAGUGAUCAGGCAGCAUCAGUCAGCAGCUCCACACAAGCACAAGAUGAUAAAGCUCUACUGUGCACUGAUACGCUCAAGGCCUAUAUAUUUUACAUAGGUUGACAGGGAUACCAUGAGGAAGAGCUCCUAUCUAAUCCAGAACUACUGUUAUGUUUUUAUUGAAUUUGUCUUGGUUUUGAUCAGAAACUGGCCAGAUUGACCCAGUCCUCAUAGAGAAGUACAACACCCCAGGGUUCGUGGGCUGUCUGUCCAGAGUUAAUUUCAACAACAUCGCCCCUCUGAAGGCAGCGCUGAGGUCUGGCAUCGUCGCCCCGGUGACCACCCAGGGCAUUCUAGUGGAGUCCAACUGCGGGUCGUCUCCUCUCACCAUCUCACCCAUGGCUGCUGCCAAUGACCCCUGGCACAUGGACUCAGGUACAGUAAAUCACUGUGUCUCAAUCUAUCCCCUUUGAUUGUCCGGCCAAUGGAACCAUUUAUUCAUACUGUAUCAUGGGAUUUGAUUCUAUUCUAUUGAAUUAUUGUGGUUUUAUGUCUUGUUCCAUCAUUUUGAAUACUGCAUUUUUACGGUAAGCACUGUAAGGCCUUUACAGUAUGUACAGUAGAUGAAUUGUCAGCGUUCAACUGGCAGCACCAGCGGUCCACUCAGUUCUCCAAAGAGAUCUGAUAUUUCAUUAUAACUUCAAGAUGUUAUAUUUAAUGGUAGUAUUUUUCUUCUUCUCCAGAUAUUGUACCAUUUUAAACCCAUGUGCUGUGCUGUUUAGCUCCUGCGGAUAGCUCUACAGGGUGGUUAUUACUGGGUCAGUGUAUUGAUCCUGGGUGAGCUUUUCAAGAUACAUGAGAGGAAACACAAGAUCUAUCUCCUGCCUGCUCUGAGAAUGGUCUGCCCUGUACUAGGGUAUGAAAUUCCAUCUCUCAGUGACUAUGCUGCAUGUUUAACCUAUGGAGGCAUAUGUGAGGUUUCAAUAGGUCAGAUAAAUUGUUUUAGUGGUACUGCUUUCGUAAGGAUUAAUAUGAACAAGUUCAGUUGUCCCACAGCUAGUCCUAAUGGAGGUAGUGGGUUGAUCUUUUCAGUUAUAGAUUUUUACACCACUAAGAGAAUAAGAGGGAGAAUCUUUUUAUCAUUUGAUCUGAGCCAUAGUGCUCCAAAGGCGACAGAUCAGCUGCUCCAAAGGCGACAGAUCAGCUGCUCCAAAGGCGACAGAUCAGCUGCUCCAAAGGCGACAGAUCAGCCUUUGUAAGCUCCCUGUGAGGCAUCUGGGAUCCCUGCUCCACUGCGUGUGCAUGUACGUGUGUGUGUACGUGAAAAAAAAAAAAAAACACACCACAAAGCCUUUCGUGAACUAACACUUGCACUUGAUUUUCCCCCUACUAGCUCUGACUUUGCUGAUAGCUAUUUUAUUGAAGAAAAAUGUAUUUACUAUGACUGUGAUGUGUGGUUGUCCCACCUAGCUAUCUUAAGAUGAAUGCACUAACUGUUUGUCGCUCUGGAUAAGAGCGUCCGCUAAAUGACUCAAAUGUGUGUGCGUGUGUGUGUUUUGGGGGGGUGAUGAGGGAUUUUCCCGGAUUCUGCAGGAUCCACUCAAAUGGACUACAGUGCCCACAGAGAUGUCAGCUGUAAAGAGCAGACUGCCCCUCUCAGCUCACACCUACUUCCCUCACAGACUCACAUACUGUGCAUAUACUGCAUGCUAUAUACACUGAGUAUACCAAGCAUUAGCAACACCUUCCUAAUAUUGAGUUGCACCCCUCUCCCCCUUUUGCCCUCAGAACAGCCUCAAUUCGUUGGGGCAUGGACUCUACAAGGUGUCGAAAGCGUUCCACAGGGAUGCUGGCCCAUGUUGACUCCAAUGCUUCCCACAGUUGUGUCAAGUUGGCUGGAUGUCCUUUGGGUGGUGGACCAUUCUUGAUACACACGGGAAACUGACGAGCGUGAAAACCCCAGCAGCAUUGCAGUUCUUGACACAAACCAGUGCGCCUGGCACUUAGUACCAUACCCCGUUCAAAGGCACUUAUGUUUUUUGUCUUCCCAUUCACCUUCUGAAUGGCACACAUAUACAAUCCAUGUUUCAAUUGUCUCAAAGCUUAAAAAUCCUUCUUUAAUCUGUCUUCUCCCCUUCAUCUACACUAAUUGAAGUGGAUUUAACAAGUGACAUCAAUAAGGGAUCAUAGCUUUCACCUGGAUUCACCUGGUCAGUCUGUCAUGGAAAGAGCAGGUGUUCUUAAUGUUUUGUAUACUCAGUGAACAGUCAUGGUCAAAAGUUGUGAGAAUUUUUUUUUACAUUUACAUUUUUAGUCAUUUAGCAGACGCUCUUAUCCAGAGCGACUUACAGUUAGUGCAUACAUUAUUCAUUUUUUCAUACCCACAACCCUGGCGUUGCAAACACCAUGCUCUACCAACUGAGCUACAUCCCUGCUGGCCAUUCCCUCCCCUACCCUGGACGACGCUGGGCCAAUUGCGCGACGCCCCCGUGGGUCUCCCAGUCGCGGCCGGCUACGAUAGAGCCUGGCACAAGUAUUGGCCUUCACAAAGUUUGCUGCAUCAGUGUUUUUAGAUAUUUUUGUCAGAUGUUACUAUGGUAUACUGAAGUAUAAUUACAAGCAUUCCAUAAGUGUCAAAGGCUUUUAUUGACAAUUACAUUAAGUUUAUGCAAAGAGUCAAUAUUUGCAGUGUUGACCCUUCUUUUUCAAGACCUCUACAAUCCGCCCUGGCAUGCUGUCAAUUAACUUCUGGGCCACAUCCUGACUGAUGGCAGCCCAUUCUUGCAUAAUCAAUUCUUGGAGUUUGUCAGAAUUUGUGGGUUUUUGUUUGUCCACCCGCCUCUUGAGGAUUGACCACAAGUUCUCAAUGGGAUUAAGGUCUGGGGAGUUUCCUGGCCAUGGACCCAAAAUGUUGAUGUUUUGUUCCCCAAGCCACUUAGUUAUCACUUUUGCCUUAUGGCAAGGUGCUCCAUCAUGCUGGAAAAGGCAUUGUUCGUCACCAAACUGUUCUUGGAUGGUUGGGAGAAGUUGCUCUCUGAGGAUGUGUUGGUACCAUUCUUUAUUCAUGGCUGUGUUCUUAGGCAAAAUUGUGAGUGAGCCCACUCCCUUGGCUGAGAAGCAACCCCACACAUGAAUGGUCUCAGGAUGCUUUACUGUUGGACACAGGACUGAUGGUAGCGCUCACCUUGUCUUCUCUGGACAAGCUUUUUUCCGGAUGCCCCAAACAAUCGGAAAGGGGAUUCAUCAGAGAAAAUGACUUUACCCCAGUCCUCAGCAGUCCAAUCCCUGUACCUUUUGCAGAAUAUCAGUCUGUCCCUGAUGUUUUUCCUGGAGAGAAGUGGCUUCCUCGCUUCCCUUCUUGACACCAGGCCAUCCUCCAAAAGUCUUCGCUUAACUGUGCGUGCAGAUGCACUCUCACCUGCCUGCUGCCAUUCCUGAGCAAGCUCUGCACUGGUGGUGCCCCGAUCCCGCAGCUGAAUCAACUUUAGGAGACGGUCCUGGCGCUUACUGGACUUUCCUGGGCGCCCUGACGCCUUCUUCACAACAAUUGAACCUCUCUCCUUGAAGUUCUUGAUGAUCCGAUAAAUGGUUGAUUUAGAUGCAAUCUUACUAGCAGCAAUAUCCUUGCCUGUGAAGCCCUUUUUGUGCAAAGCAAUGAUGACGGCACAUGUUUCCUUGCAGGUAACCAUGGUUAACAAAGGAAGAACAAUUAUUUCAAGCACCACCCUCCUUUUAAAGCUUCCAGUCUGUUAUUCUAACUCAAUCAGCAUGACAGAGUGAUCUCCAGCCUUGUCCUCGUCAACACUCUCACCUGUGUUAACGAGAGAAUCACUGACAUGAUGUCAGCUGAUCCUUUUGUGGCAGGGCUGAAAUGCAGUGGAAAUGUAUUUUGGGGAUUAAGUUCAUUUUCAUGGCAAAGAGGGACUUUGCAAUUAAUUGCAAUUCAUCUGAUCACUCUUCAUAACAUUCUGGAGUAUAUACAAAUUGCCAUCAUAAAAACUGAGACUUUGUGAAAAUUAAUAUUUGUGUCAUUCUCAAAACGUUUGACCACGACUGUAUAUCUCCUGUCCUGUUUUUUUUGUCAAAUGUCAAAGUGUGCCAGUUUACAAUUUACAUAUUCUGUCUCUGUGUUAGAGCAUUUACAUUUUUUUGCGUUGUUGGAUUAUUUUGGGUUGGAGAUAUUUUGUAGUUGAAAUCAGUUUUUGUUUACUUUUUCAGCUGGUGCUGUAUUCCCAUUCAAUGAGGAAAGAGUUAGCCGGGAUGGAGUUGAUCAGAACUCUGCAGUUAUCGGAGGUGAGUAGGAGCAGUAAUCAACUCGCCUACUAUACAGGUUUGUUGAUGUUUUUAAAGGUAAUGUUCCUCAUAAUGUCCUUUGUACUUGCAGGUAUCAUUGCUGUGGUCAUCUUCAUCAUCCUCUGCACCCUGGUGUUCCUGAUUCGCCAUAUGUUCCGUCACAAGGGCUCCUACCACACCAAUGAGGCCAAAGGGGCGGAGUCUGCGGACUGUGCCGAUGCAGCCAUCAUUGUCAAUGAUCCUGCCUUCACAGAAACCAUCGAUGAGAGCAAGAAGGAGUGGUUCAUC